UCACAGUAUACAGGGAGGUCUCUCAGUUCUCCAUUAACCCUGCCGGUUCUCUGUCCAAGGGACAUCAACCAUGAAGCUCCUUCUCCUGGCCUUUGCCAUUAUCUCAUUUCUGGCACAGAGAACCCAAGCUGGUUGGGGAGAAAAAAAAUGCUUCAAUAACGUGGGGCGCUGUCGUGCGAGCUGCAAGAGUAAUGAGAAGGAGCAUAGUACGUGCCUUAAUAAGAAAAUGUGCUGUGUGCCCUUGGACAAGCUUCCGAAGGAAUCUUCAGAUUCGUCCGCGUCGGGCACGACUGCCACAGCACCUCCCAAAGCCGGAGCCUUGACCACCCAAGCAGCUGCAGGCGGCUCUCCGGCUGCAGCUGCCCCGGCCGCAGCUACUGCAGCCGCAGCCACCCCAGCGGCCGCAGCCCCACCACCGCCCCCACCACCGCCGCCCCUUAGCAGGGAGGUGAAUAGAGUGAAGAGUAAGGAGAAAGCAAUGUCAGAGAGCUCGACUGCCUCCGCCUGAGUACCCAUCAGGGCACCUGCUCAACUCUAGGCUCAAUAAAGUGUUCUG